AACAACUUUUUCUGAAGAUAGAGACGCAACAGAAAAAGAAACACAAGCAACGCACCAAAGACAACGAAAGACCAGAAGGCAACUCCAAAAGAGAUCUAGAGAUUGCGGAUAUGGCCUCCGAUGAAUAUAUUGUAAUGCUACCUUACCUUGCCCAUGGCCAUCUUAUACCAUUCCUAGCAUUGGCAAGGCAGAUUCAACAAAGAACGGGCUUCACCAUCAUCAUUGCCAGCACCAAGCUCAACAUCCAGUACCUCCGACGUUCUUCCGUUUCUGUCGACGACUCUAAUUUUCCAUCCCAUUCCAGCAUCCGCUUUGUCGAGCUCCCCUUCUGCAGUUCUGCCCACGACUUACCACCCGACACUGAGAACACCGAGAACUUGUCUCUAAACAAAAUGAUAAACCUUUUUCAUGCAUCGGUGAGUCUCAAAGAUCCACUCUUGCACGUUCUCCAUGAUAUCAUUGACCAAGAAGGGCGGCCUCCGCUUUGUAUAAUUUCCGACGUGUUUUUUGGGUGGGCUGUUGAUGUUGCAAAGAGUGUGGGCGCCAUGCAUAUUACAUUCUCCACCGGUGGAGCCUACGGCACCAUGACCUACGUGUCUCUGUGGCUUAACCUCCCACAUCGUUCCACAGAUUCCGACGAGUUCAAGCUGCCGGGGUUUCCUGAAAGUUAUCGUUUCCAUCGCUCUCAAUUGCACCAAUAUUUGAGAGUUGCGGAUGGUACGGACAUGUGGUCUACAUUUAUGCAGCCACAGAUUUCGCGUUGCUUGGAGUCUUCAGGGUGGCUGUGUAACACAGUCGAGGAAAUUGAACCUUUUGGCCUAGAUCUUCUCAGAAAAUAUCUGCGACUUCCCGUUUGGACUAUAGGUCCUCUUCUUCCCCAAGCAGCUCUUAAAAAGCCGUCCUCCUCACAUUCAUCAAGUAUUUCCGGACAGCAUGCCGGGAAAAAAUCCGGAGUACCUCCAGAAAAAUGCCUUGAGUGGCUUGAUUUGAAGAGUGCUGAUUCAGUUCUUUACAUUUCUUUUGGUUCUCAGAACACCAUUGGUGCGUCCCAAAUGAUGGAAUUAGCUAAAGGCUUGGAGGACAGUGCAAAAUCUUUCAUUUGGGUGAUAAGGCCACCCCUUGGUUUCGACAUUAAUGGCGAAAUCAGAGCGGAGUGGUUGCCAGAAGGAUUUGAAGAACGGAUCAGGGAAAACAAACGAGGUUUGUUAGUCAGAAACUGGGCACCCCAGUUGGAUAUUCUUGCCCACAAGUCGACCGGAGCUUUUCUGAGUCAUUGCGGGUGGAACUCGAUAUUGGAGAGCUUAAGCCAGGGCGUGCCCAUGAUAGGGUGGCCUAUGGCAGCCGAGCAGGCAUACAAUUCAAAGAUGCUGACGGAGGAGAUGGGUUUGAGUGUGGAGCUGACAAGAGGGCAUCAAAGCGUGAUUGAAGGGAAGGAGGUGAAGAGGGUCGUAGAAUUGGUUAUGGACGAAAAGGGCAAAGGCAAGGAUAUGAGGAAGAAGGCAGCCGAGGUUAGAGUGCAGAUAAGGUCGGCAAUAAGAGAAGAGGGAGAAGAGCAGGGGUCUUCGGUGAAGGCAAUCGAUGACUUUGUUAGGACGAUUGUUUCCAAGAGAGGAGCACUCACGGCCAAUCAGCUUGGUUCAAAAAUUUCAGAGAAGGAGCUCCCCACAAUUUUAAGUAAUUGAUGUUCAACCUGUUUGAUACUUUUGAAUAAGAGGAGCUCUUACAGAUUGCUGGGGUGAUGUGGAAGCUGUGGAAAAGAAGGAAUGCAGUGAUUUUUGAAAACAUCUUUUCUCCUCCUUUAGUGCUUUCUAAUCAAGCUAUCCUAAGGUUAUCUGAAAUACAUUCCAGUUUUCAAUCUCAACUGAUUAGAAAUUCUAUUCCUACUAUAUAUUCAUCAUGUUGGAAGUCUCCACCUCAAGGUAUUGUCAAAAUUAAUUGGGCUGCAUCGGUAGAUAAACAUCUUUAUUUUGGCUGGUUUUGGAGUUGUGGUAAGGGAUAGUGAGGGUCAUGUUUUGGCUACCAUGAGGAUAAAAGAUAAUCUGUUACCUGAUCCUCGAUCAUCUAGCAGAAUCUUAUGUUGUUUUCUAUGCCUCAAAGUUUGCUAUGGAAGCUUGGUUUCCAACGAAUUAUUUUAGAAGGGGAUGCUCUAAAUGUUGUGGAUGGCAUUAAAAAUGGUGCUCAAGGAUGGGACAAUUCCAGUAUGCUCAUAUCAGAUGCUAGAUCUCUCUUGAAUCAACUUCAACAAUGGACAAUUGCUCAUAUUCAAAGACGUUUUAAUUCAGUUGCUCAUACUUUGGCAAGAAGUGCAUUAAGCAUUGCUGAUUCAAUGUUUGAUAUAGAAGAAGUUCCUCAUUGUAUUUCUCAUUUAUUGUAAGCAUGUUUGAACAUUAAUAAAAUUUCGAAUGUUCUUUUUUAAAAAAA